CGACCAACUCUAACCCCAAUGACACACCUUCAGGAACUCAGCAAGUACUUCAAGGUGGAUACCUCCUCGUCUGUGAGUGUCGCUGACGGUGACUUCUACCACUCGGUUGCCGGAGACUCCAAGGCUAUGGCUAAAAGGCCCUGGAAAAAAGACCCCAAAUACUUUACCAAAACCGCCAUCUCCACCCUAGCAGUAUUUAAAAUGGCACAACAUGCCGCUCUAGGCGGAGACAUCGAAAUCAUGGGUCUGCUUAUAGGGAAAAUCCAUGCGGGAUGUAUCAUUGUGACGGAUGUCUACGCCAUUCCUGUUGAAGGCACUGAAACUCGUGUUAAUGCUCAGCUCGAGGGAUAUGAGUAUAUGGUUCUGUACCUCCAACUCAAUAAUAAACUACGUCCCAAUGAGAAUAUUGUGGGAUGGUACCAUUCACACCCCGGGUAUGGUUGCUGGCUCAGUGGGAUUGACGUAUCGACCCAGAGUUUGAAUCAGAUUCAGGAUCCUUAUCUUGCGAUUGUGAUUGACCCGUUCAAAAGUAUCAAGCAAGGUAAAAUAGAACUCGGAGCAUUUAGAACGUAUCCGGAUGACUUCAAGACCGACCCGUCAGGUGUGACGACCGAGAAAAGAGCCCGUUUUGGUAAUCAUGCUGACCUGUACUACUCGUUGGAUAUUGAAAUCUACCGCACCACCGCUGAUGAAGAGCUUGUGAGAUUCAUGAACAAGGAAACAUGGGUCCAAGAGUUGGUGGUGAAACCCGAGGUUGCUGAGUCGCAUGAGGCCAGCAAGAUGGACGCCAUAACUAAGGCCACCCGUCUCGUAUGUCAUGCGGGUCAUGAAGGACGUAUGUCUAUGGAAGGUGAGGGUACAGAGAAGAUCACAUCGCAAAUGAAUAGCCAUCGAAGACUCGCGACGCAGUUCAACGGACUCUUUGUGAAACUGGCCGAGGCCGAAGCUUCCAACCACCUUAAUCCCUAUAAUGCCGCCAGCAAACAUCGAAUUACCAGUCCUGUUCCUCCUCCAUCAACCAUACCUGAAGAUGAUAUGAUGGAAGAUGAUGUGCUCAGCUCCGUCGAUGUCAACUAUGACGACCUAGACGACGAUACUUCCAAUGAUGAGGCCAGCAUCUAUACAAAACCUAGGAAGUUUCGUCGACGUAUUGCUGGUAACAAGGAUUUGGCUUUAUUAGCUGAUGGGUGUAAUCGCUUGGGAACACAUGAGGUGAGGGAAUUGAUUGUUCAAGAUAUCCAACGAAAGCUUUUCAAUUAACCCGAUAAUGAAGUAUUUUUUGCAUUAGUUUGUAGAGAUAGUGUAGUGAACGCGACAUACC